AUGUGCGGGCUGCGGCGGUGGGUCAGGGAGGGGGAGACGGGCAAGCGGAUGGGAAAGAGGACGGGGAGGGCCAGGCGCGGCGACCGCGCAUCGGUUCGUGGUAUCACUGGCUACGCGUCCGCGAUGGGCGAUAGCGGGUACGUGAACUGGGGGAGUGGAUGGGCCGACGCGGAGGCUUGUGUGGCGUUUGCUCUGGAGAAGAUCCGUAGCGAAGACAGGGAGGGGAGAGUUACGAUCGAGUGCGGCAAGAGGGUGGAGAGGUUGCUCUUCAGCGAUCCCCAGGUCGAACCUGAACUUGAUCGUGCUCCUCCCAUCAACCAAAGCGGAGCCGCAACCCCCGAGCCCAGACCCAAACCGGUAUGCACCGGGAUCCAACUCUCGAGCGGCGAGAUCCGCCACGCGAGCCUCGUCAUCCUCGCCACCGGAUCCUGGACCCCGACUCUGGUCGACCUGCGCGGUCGCGCCAUCGCUACCGGACAAGUGCUGGCGUACAUCCCGCUCAGCGAGGGCGAGUAUGCGGCGUUAAGCCGCAAGCCGGUGCAGCUCAACAUGAGCAGCGGCAUGUUUGUCAUGCCGCCCCGAGCCAGGGAGGGCGAGUCCCGGCGCGAACUGAAGAUCGCCAGGCAUGGAUUCGGGUAUCGCAAUCCGAGGAUGGUGCGGGAGCCUGCGCUGGCGCAGCGGCGGAGGAGGGAUCAGAGAGCAGAUGGGAGGGGUGAGGAGGACGCGAUGCGGGGACCGGAGAAUGUAGAACCAGGAGCAGGAGCAGGAGAUGGAGAUGGAGAAAAAGGAAAGGAUGGACAUGAGAUGCUCGAGAUCUCCGUGCCGGACACCACCAUCCCGAUUCCCCCUGAAGGCGAGGAGGCAUGCAGGAAGAUAGCCAGAGAGGCCUUUGGGCAUCCAGAUCCAGCCUCGAAUCCAGACUCGGAUGUCAAGUUGAAGGAGUUGCAUGAACUGGCUGCACUGGCAGACCGUCCCUUCUCCCGAACAAGGCUCUGUUGGUACUGCGACACGCCAUCAGGCAAUUUCCUCAUUACCGCGCACCCGCACAGCAGAAAUCUCUUCCUCGCCACUGGCGGAUCGGGCCAUGCGUUCAAGUUCUUCCCCGUAAUCGGGGACAAGAUCGUCGAUGCCAUCGAGGGAACCUUGGAGCCCGGGUUGCGCGAGUUGUGGCGCUGGAGGGAUGAUGCGGAAGCUGCUGACGACAUGUUUGACACGACGGGGGAUGGCAGUCGCGGCGGGCCGAGGGGGAUGAGGUUGGAUGUAGAGGUUGGGAGGGGACGGUAG